GAGAGGCACAUGAGAAGACCCAUUUACUGGAUGAUAGUCGAGUCUAACUGGACUUCAGGUUCUGGUGUUAUUUAGAAGAAGGGAAUUGUAUUAUACAGGAGAAAAUGAAGGAGAGUCUGAAUUUGUAUUUGAAGCUGAAGCCCUCUCACUGAUGCCCUGACCUCCACUGAAAACAGUUGGUUCUUCUAAAUUCCGAACUGAAGACCCGACAGUGGCUGCAUGGAAAAGAUGAACCUUGUAUUGGUGGAUUAUGAAUUUGAGUACAUUGCACGAAAUGGGAGGCAGGUGUCCAUUAAGCCCAAUGAGAGGUACAUCCUGGUUGCCAAAACCAACGAAAUCUGGUGGCAUGUUUGCAAGGACCUCCAGACAAAGCCCUUUUACAUUCCUGUCAAGUAUGUGAGAGAGCUCCCUUCAGCUGCUCAGUCAAUCAUAGACUCUACCGCUAAAAGCCAGACAUCCUCUGACCUAUUGUCUGGCGGAGAACCAGAAAAUAAACCAUGCACAACAUCAGCUAGUACAAGGGUUCAGGCAUUUACGGAUGAUUCUCUCACAAUGUCCACGUUUGGUUGCCAUGGAGAAUGCAAUGGCAUUAAGACAUCGGAUCACACACAGCCUGUGCUUGGACAACUGGCAUCAGCCAAAUCCAGGGAUGUCCAACAUCAUCCGAAGAGAUACAGUGUGGCUGCAGGUUUCUCCUUCACUUCAGAACCUUCUGGAGUCAGUGACUCACAGCAACCCUACCUGUCACCUCAUAUUGUAUCCAAAGACCCAAGUGAAGUUCCCCAGGUGAUGUCAGUUAGCAAACCCCUUUUGAUCGUGGAACUGGGAAGUUCUGAAGGGCAUACGACGCAGGGAGAUCCUAGUGGGCAGCCCUCCGAAUACCAAGAUUCAGACACCUAUGAGACCAUAUCAGAUAGAAAGACCCCAGAGUUGAUGGAUCUUCCACCUCCAGUGUUUCCUACAUCUCUGGCUUCAACUGGAACAGAAGUGUUCCAGCAGCUGAGCGAGUUUCAAAACAUUAAUCCUGCCACAGUACCCCUUCCAAAAGCACAGUCGGACGAUGACAGUGCCAACGACGCCGUGUACGCCAAUGUAGCAGCCCUCCGCCAGAGCAUCUCCGAGUCCCCUCCUUGCUCUCCGUAUCUGGAUCCAGAGGGAUGGGAGGUCCAUACUGACCAAGAGAGCGGACAGGAGUACUACUACCACCCCGCCACGGGGCGCACCACCUGGGACAACCCCUUAGACCCCCCCAUGGACCCUGAAGCACCGAUGGAGGACCUCGUUUCGCUCUCGCUUUCCCAGUCCCCCGGCCUGUCUUCCAUCGCUGCCUCCCCCCCUGUUGCCUGGGCGUCAGACUGGGAGCAGUUGGUGGAUGAGACCAGCGGCCGUCUGUACUUCUACAACCCAGCGUCGGGAGCAACAUCUUGGGAGCCCCCGGAGCAGCUGAGCCCGUCUCCCCCUCCGAUGGAGCCUCUGGGUGGGAACACGCCACGAGAGGACAUGCCGCCUCCCUUACCAGUAGAAGAUUACCCAGCGGAGGAGUACUCCUCAUCAGCAGACUAUGCCGAGGUCCAGCACGAGCCCUCGUCUCCAGUCAACUUCUCCCCGGACUACGCCCUCAACCCUGUGGCCCGGGCGCCCCUCCCCAGGGCCAAUCUGGACCGGAGUGCCCCACCGGGUUGGAGCCUCCUGGUGGAACCUGAUGGAACGUGGGUGUUUACUUGUGAACACUCCCAAGAGCAGUGGAUCAAGUCAUUGGAUGACCGAGGGAAGACCUACUACUACCUUAAAGAUGGUUCCAGAUCCCAGUGGAACCUGCCUGAGGCCCCUGUAGCUUCAGGCCAUUCCAAUGUGGGGAAUGGCGUCGAGGUGAACUGGAGACACACCAUGUGCCCUGCUCAGCUCAGCAGAGCCCAGGAGGAUGGGCAGAAGUUCUUCUUCCCAACACACAGGAGGAACGCCUCGGACCUCGACAGUGAGGGUUCCAGCGCCAGCAACUCCCCAGAGACUCAGCAUCACGUGCAGAAUUUAGAAAAAGCUGGCAUCCUCAACAAAACAAAAGUGUCCGAGAACGGCAAAAGAGUAAGGAAGAACUGGGCCCAGUGUUGGACUGUUCUGCACGGAGGAGUUCUAACAUUUCACAAAGACCCAAAGUCUGCAGCUCCGGUAGCUCUGAAUAAAAUCAAUCAGAUUGUCCCAGAGGUCACAGUGGAGCUUCGAGGGGCUGUGAUUGGCUGGGCCCCCAAGGACAAAUCCAGCAAAAAGAAUGUUUUAGAGCUGAAAAGCCGAAACGGUGUUGAGUUCCUGAUCCAGUAUGACACAGAGAGCAUCAUCAGUGACUGGCACAAAGUUCUUGGCGACACCAUCCGACAGCUGGAGCAACAAGAGCAGCACUCGGAGGAGGAGGAAGGGGAAGCCAGCGAGAAGUCGUCCAGCACGGACAGAGAGGACCGAUCCCCGGGCGCCCUGGACAAGAGGAGGAUGUCCAAGUCUGUUGAGGUCAGGGACCACGGCGAGACGGACCAGAAGAAGGUGCGCACCAAGCUGAUCAAGUUCCUCAUGAAACGGCCCACGCUGCAGUCUGUCAAGGAGAAAGGAUACUUCCGAGACAACGUGUUUGGAUGUCAUCUGGCUACACUCUGCGCUCAGGAACGGAAUACUGUUCCCAGCUUUGUUGAGAAAUGCAUCAGGGCAGUUGAGAGGAGAGGUUUGGACAUCGAUGGAAUCUACAGGGUCAGUGGAAACCUGGCUGUCAUCCAGAAACUACGCUUCAAGGCAGAUCACGAGGAGCUGGACCUGGAGGACGGCCAGUGGGAGGACAUCCACGUCAUCACAGGGGCCCUCAAGUUGUUCUUCCGGGAGCUUCCUGAGCCCCUGUUCCCCUACAGCCACUUCAACAGCUUCAUCGCAGCCAUCAGAACCGCUGAUUAUAACUUGAAAGUGUCUUAUAUGUGUGAUCUCGUCAAGUCUCUUCCUCCAGCCAACCAUGACACCAUGGAAAUUCUGUUUGGACAUUUACGGAAGGUGAUCGAGUUUGGGGAAGAGAACAGGAUGACUGUGCAGAACGUGGCCAUCGUAUUUGGACCCACACUGCUAAGGCCUGAGAUGGAGUCAGCCAACAUCACCAUGCACAUGGUGUUCCAGAACCAGAUCGUGGAGCUCAUCCUGAACAAAUACGAGCAGAUCUUCUACUCAAGCUAACCGAAUCAGACGCUCCCCUCAGAGGCAGGAUCACACAACAAAGCUCGCAUUGCAAGGAUCAGAAAGCACAGAUUGUACACAGGAGAUGUAGUCUGAGUGAGCUAGCUAGCCACAGUAGGGAGGACUCUCAGAUUUCUGUCACAUCCUGCUGUUGAAGCGGCAGUGUGACUUACUGCAGUUUAACGUGUUUGAAUGCCUUCUUGUAGAUCUUGACUAUCAUUUAGAUUACAUUCACAUUACAAUUGUUAGAUAUCAUCCUAACCUCUCUCGCCAGAAAGGCAGACCUGGAUUUAUCAUUCCUGGUAUAUUUUAUAAACGAUAAAAUAAGUAUUUGAAUGUUUAUGUUUUGUUAAAUACAUUGACACAAUGAAGUUCUGUGUUCAUGCAAAUGUUUGACUCCGUUUUAAGAUUAACCACACUGCCUGUUACUGUAAUAUAGAAUUGUGCAAAAGAGAAUAAUACCAACAACCUGCUGUGAGUUAGACAUGUGACAUCCUUGUACAGUUUACAAAGACGGCACUUUUCCAAGAGGCACAUUUUGUGGCAAUAAUGAAUGAAAUUUAUCUCUGUAAUAUUUCUUCUUAGCAUUAAUAGUCUAGACCCUAACAACAAGACCAAAAUGAAGGUGGUUGGUUCUGAGAUUAUGACCUGUACAUAGAAAUAGAUAGCAUAUAUUUAUGCUGUAUAUUACUGAAAAGUACAUCCUUUAAUAAAAUAACUUUGUAAAAAUGUA